CCGUCCCCGCAGGCCCGGCCGCCCUGAAUGAUCCGGCCCGGCAUCCCCCGCGCGCCGCCGCCGCCGCCGCCAUGGCGUUCACGUUCGCCGCCUUCUGCUACAUGCUGGCCCUCCUCCUCACCGCCGCCCUCAUCUUCUUCGCCAUCUGGCAUAUUAUAGCUUUUGAUGAACUGAAGACCGACUACAAGAAUCCCAUAGACCAGUGUAAUACGCUCAACCCUACAGUUGAAAAGGUUAAAAAGAUUAAAAGAGUCAAAAUUGCGUUGAAGCUUGUACUUCCUGAAUAUCUCAUCCACGCGUUCUUCUGCGUUAUGUUUCUGUGUGCGACAGAGUGGCUGACACUGGGGCUCAAUAUGCCAUUGCUGGCGUACCACAUUUGGAGGUACAUGAGCAGGCCUGUAAUGAGCGGACCCGGACUGUACGACCCAACCACCAUCAUGAAUGCAGAUAUUUUAGCAUAUUGCCAGAAGGAAGGAUGGUGCAAAUUAGCCUUUUACCUUCUAUCCUUUUUUUACUACUUAUAUGGCAUGAUUUACGUUUUGGUGAGCUCUUAAAAGCCGAUGACCGGUGGACUUGGAUCCAGCGAAGUGCAUGCAGAAAAGCCGCAAGACACGGGAUUUAUUUUCCGAGAAGAACCUGUUAUCAAG